AGCAUGUGUUGGAAUCAGCUCGUUAAACCGCACACAGAUGUCCAACACAGCGCGGCCGACCUGUCAGCACACGGCAGCGCUGUAGUCUCGCCCUAGCACUCGAAACGAAACAAUUCAUUCCCUGUUUUGUUACUCAUCGAUACAUUUCUAGUCUGUGAAUUCUGUUAACUCUGUGCUUGUGUGAAGAGUGAUUUUUUUUUGUAUUAAUAUUUUGGUUAAUUUUUUGUUGUUAUUCUUAUGAAUAGUGCACAGGACUUUCGAGGGACGAGAAGACUGAACGAUGACCAGACUGAGGGUCAUUACCUUCAUCAGCUUGAUAUUGACCUUCACACCGCACGCCCCGCCGACCGAGGCCUCAGACGCCCAGGGGACGAAGGGAGGCCACAACACAGAGCCCGUGAGAAUGCCGAGAAAUUCGGACCGGUCGAGACAGCAGUUCAUUCUGGUUCUGAAUGGGAAAAGCAAAUAUAAGAAGGAGAAUUUGAUACUGCAGGUGAAUCAGCAUAUGGGAGCCGGACGCCGAUUGCCGAAAAAGCUGGACCGGGCGCCUCCAGAGCCAGAGUGUCCGGAAGGGUCCUGGUUCUGUCCCGGUACAACUGUCUGCGUUUCGGAAGAUCAAGAAUGUGACGGGACGGAGGACUGUCCCGAUGGUUCUGACGAGGCUUCUUGCAAUUAUGCAACAACAGCGGAGCCCAUUCCGUGUCCAAUAGGCUGGUUAUACACCUGCGUAGGCAAUCAGUGCGUUUGUGACACUACCCAGUGUGCUAAUGGGUUCUGGCUCUGCAGUGACGGAACCCGAUGUAUUAGGACAACACAGAUUUGCGACGGCCUCACACACUGCGUUGACGGGUCAGACGAAGAAAAUUGUACCGUGGAGUGUUCAUCCGCCCAUGUGCAGUGCGGCGAUACUGCGCAGUGCAUUUUGAAGAAGUACGAUCACUCUCUGCUUCUGCGAUUGAGUAAUGCGUUUGAGAAAGAGAAAGAGAGAGAGGGGGAGUGAG